AGGCGGGAACAUCUGAUGAGAGAGCCAGCCGGCGAUGUGUGCCAAAGAGAUGGAUGAAACUGUUUCCGAGUUUUUCAGGAGGACCAUCUUGAAAAUCCCAUUGACUGAAAUGAUGACAAUACUAAAAACCUGGAAUUUUUUGUCUGAAAAUCAACUGCAGACUGUAAACUUCCGGCAGAGAAAGGAAUCUCUUGUUCAGGACUUGGUUCUGCUUUGUGAGGAAAAUCGUGCAAGUCUCAAUGAUGCAGCCCUUUUAGACAUCAUUUAUACUCAAUUUCAUCGGCAUCAGAAAGUUUGGGAUGUUUUUCAGAUGAGUAAAGGACCAGGUGAAGACACUGACCUUUUUGAUAUGGAACAAUUCAAAAGUUCAUUCAAGAAAAUUCUUAAGAGAGCAUUAAAAAAUGUGACAGUCAGCUUCAGAGAUGCUGAGGAGAAUGCAGUAUGGAUUCAAAUUGCCUGGGGAACACAGUAUAGAAAGCCAAACCAGUACAAACCUGCUUACGUGGUGUAUUAUUCCCAAACACCAUAUGCCUUCACUUCUUCCUCCCAACUGAAAAGCAAUCUACCCCUUCUGGGUCAGGCACUGACAAUUGCUAGCAAACACCAUCAGAUUGUGAAAAUGGACCUCAGAAGCCGGUAUCUGGACUCUCUUAAGGCUAUUGUUUUUAAACAGUAUAAUCAGACCUUUGAAACUCACAACUCUACUACACCUCUACAAGAAAGAAGCCUUGGGCUAGAUAGAAAUAGUAUGUGUGUUUUAAGAUAAAAACUGAAAUUUGGAAGGACAUUCCUUUUCAGAUUUCUGUCACCCAGGAAAACAUUUA